AUGCAAGAGUUGAUAGCUGGUUUACAAAAGAUGAGAUUUGAUUUUGAAAUUGUCUUAGAGCAGCAGAGUGGAAUUAUGGAAUUGCCCUUUUCUGGCAUGCAUAAAUCUAGUUCAGCAGUCUGUGAGCUUUUCAUUAAAGGUAAAUGCUUGAAAGAACAACUGUGCCAGUUUCAACACACUUGUGGUGACAAAACCAUUAUGUGCAAACACUGGCUCCGAGGUCUGUGUAAAAAGGGGGAUCAGUGUGAGUUUUUACAUGAGUAUGAUGAGACCAAAAUGCCACGGUGCUACUUCUAUUCAAAAUAUGGUGAAUGCAAUAAGCAAGAGUGCCCUUUCUUACACAUUGAUUUGCAAAUAAAAAUUCAAGACUGUCCCUGGUAUGACCGAGGAUUUUGCAAACAUGGCCCACUUUGCAAAAAUAAACACACCAGGAAAGUAAUGUGUGUGAAUUAUCUGGCUGGUUUUUGUCCUGAAGGAACAGCAUGUAAAUUUUCACAUCCAAUUAAUGAAUUCACUGACUGGAACAGCAAUCUAAACAAGGAAAUGUCUGAGAUCUCACUUUUCGCAACAGACAGCACACCAGAGGCAAAGAUUUCUGAAGGUCACAAGCCUAUCGACAAAGUGAAGUGCUUCAAGUGUAGGGAGAAGGGGCACUAUGCUAACAAGUGCAACAAGCGUCAGACAGUAAACAAACACUUUCUUGUUGACUAG